CACCCCCAGCAGAUUGACAACAUCUCUACCUCCAGAGCUUGCAAGUAUUAUUCCUUUAAUUGAUAGGUUCCAGGUUGGAACUUUUUUGCGAGCUAUGCAGAAACAAAUCAAUUCUGCUGGAAAACGUGGAUUUUUCUCAAAAAAGUCUGUUGUUUCUACAGUUAGUGAAACUUUUACAUUGGAGAACAUGUUAUCCUUUCAAAAGGAUCCCAUCCCAACUUCCUUGCUUAAGAUCAAUGGAGAUCUUGCAAGCCGUUCAGUUAAGAUCUUCCAGAUGAUUCUGAAAUAUAUGGGGAUUGAUUCAUCCGACAAAGCAAUCCAAUUAAGCAUGGAUGAGCGAAUUGAUCUUGUUGCAAAGAUUUAUAAACAAACUUUAAAGCGUCCUGACCUCCGCGAUGAAAUAUUUGCUCAGAUUUUGAAGCAAACUCACAAUAACCCUGAUAAGAAUUUUUUGAAAAAAUCAUGGGAGCUCAUGUAUCUAUGUGCCUCUUCGAUGCCUCCGAGCAAGGAUAUUGGAGCACAUUUAUCGGAGUAUGUGCAUAGUGUUGCUCAUGGGGCCAAGACAGACCCAGAAGUUCAAAUCCUUGCGUCGAAGACGUUGAAUGCUUUGAAAGGCUCAAUGAAAGCUGGGCCAAGAUUGACAAUUCCUGCACGUGAGGAGAUUGAAGCUAUUUUGACUGAUAAAAAUCUCACAACGAUAAUAUUUUUCUUGGAUGAGACUUUUGAAGAAAUCACAUAUAAUAUGACCACCACGGUUGCUGAUGCUGUCCAGGAGCUUGCAAGCAUAAUCAAACUUACGACCUAUUCUAGUUUUAGCUUGUUUGAAUGCAGAAAAGUGGUACAAGGCUCAAAAUCUUCUGACUUUGGUAGUGAGGAGUUCAUCUGGUUAGAUGACAAUAAAUAUAUCGGAGAUUUAUUGACUGAAUUUAAGGUAGCCAAAGACCGCAGUAAAGGAGAAAUUUUGCACUGCAAACUAACAUUUAAGAAAAGAUUAUUUCGAGAGUCUGAAGAUGCUGUUGAAGAUCCAGUGUGUGUUCAGUUGUCAUAUGUUCAGUUACAACAUGACUAUGUUUUGGGACAUUAUCCGGUUGGUAGGGAUGAUGCUACUCAACUAUCUGCUCUUCAAAUAUUAGCUGAGAUUGGAUUUGUUGACAAUCCCGAUUCGUGUGUCGAGUGGACCUCUCUGCUCGAAAGAUUCUUACCGAGACAAGUUGCAGUUACAAGGGCAAAGAGAGAAUGGGAGCUUGAUAUACUUUCUCGUUAUAAUUUAAUGGAGCACUUGUCUAAAGCUGAUGCAAGACAACAGUUCCUUAGGAUCCUUCAUGCUCUUCCCUAUGGAAACUCAGUUUUUUUCAAUGUUCGCAAGAUAGAUGACCCAAUUGGCCUUCUACCUGGCAGGAUUAAUUUAGGCAUAAAUAAGCGAGGGAUUCAUUUUUUUCGUCCUGUUCCCAAAGAAUACUUACACUCAGCAGAGUUGAGGGAUAUUAUGCAAUUUGGUAGCAGCAACACUGCAAUUUUCUUUAAGAUGAGAGUUGCUGGCGUGCUUCAAAUUUUUCAGUUUGAAACUAAGCAGGGGGAGGAAAUUUGUGUUGCUCUUCAAACACAUAUAAAUGAUGUCAUACUCCGUAGGCACUCCAAAGCACAACCUCCUGCUACAAGAUCUACUCCAGCUGAUUCUUCUCAUUCGGUUAAUCCGCCAAGUUUAAAUAUCAACGAGAAAAGAAUGCAGGACCUAAUUAAAGCUUUUGAAGAAUCCCAAAAGACUGCGGAUAAAUUGUUGGAAGAAUUACAUGCAAAAGAAAAGCGAGAAACAGAGAUGCAGGAAGAACUGGAAGGGCUUCGAGACUCUUUACAGUCGGAAAAGGAAAACUUACAAGAAAUCAUCAGUGAGCGGGAUAAACUUAAAACUUUAUAUGAUGAGAAGGAGUCUGAUUUGCAGACUGCAUUAACUGAUAAACAAAGCAUUGAAGCUAAGCUAGCAAAGCUGAGCUCACCAGGACAUCAAUCUUUAGGAAAUCAUGCUAGGAGGCAAACCAUGCCUGGAUUUGGAAGUGGAGAUGGAGGCGCUGAUUAUGUUAGAAAUGGUAUUGAUGACUGUCAGACAAUAAGCAAAGUUCAACAAGAUUUGAAGAUGCGCACCAAGGAGUUGCAAGCAUCUAAAGAUACUAAUAAGACUCUGCUGAAGGAGAAAUAUUUGCUUGAGCAGAGGAUGCAAAGGAUUGAAAAGAAGAAAAAUGAUGAGAUUACUAUGGCUACAAAGCAUUUUGAAGUUGAGCGCCAGAAUUUACAAUUAUGCAUUGUAGAAUUGGAACAGAAAUUGGAAAGUGCAAUGAGAUCCUUGAGUGUUGCCGAAUCUACUCUUGCAAUCAGAGAUACUGAACUAGAUACUUUACGUGAUGACUUAAAGGAGUUAGAAGAAUUGCGAGAAAUGAGGGAGGAUAUUGAUAGGAAAAAUGAGCAAACAGCUGCAUUAUUGAAAAAGCAAGGCGCACAGCUUGCUGAGCUUGAUGCACUUUACAAAGAAGAGCAAGUUUUACGGAAAAAAUAUUAUAAUAUUAUUGAAGAUAUGAAAGGCAAGAUAAGGGUUUUUUGCCGUUUACGUCCGUUAAAUGAUAAGGAAGUUGCUGAUAAGGAAAAGAACGUGGUAGUCCCAAUAGAUGAGUUUACUGUUGGGCAUCCCUGGAAGGAUGAGAAAUUAAAACAGCAUAUAUAUGAUCGUGUUUUUGGUCCAAAUGCUUCACAAGAAGAUAUUUUUGCUGAUACCAAGUAUCUAAUACAAUCUGCUGUUGAUGGUUAUAAUGUAUGCAUAUUCGCCUAUGGACAAACUGGUUCUGGUAAGACUUUUACGAUAUAUGGUUCAGAAAAGCAUUCUGGAAUUACCCCAAGGGCCAUAGUUGAGCUAUUCAAAAUAACCGAUCGUGAUGGCAGCAAGUUCUCAUUUUCUUUGAAGGUUUACAUUGUAGAGCUAUAUCAAGAUACUCUUGUGGAUCUCUUACUAUCAAAGAAUGCUAAACGUUCCAAAUUAGAAAUAAAAAAAGACUCGAAGGGAAUGGUUUCUAUAGAAAAUGUCACAAUUCUACAAGUGUCAACCUUUGAAGAAUUGAUGGCUGUUAUUGAAAUGGGAGCUGAGCGUCGACAUGUAGCUGGAACCCAAAUGAAUGAUGAUAGUUCAAGAUCACAUUUAAUAUUGUCCAUCAUAAUUGAAAGCACCAAUCAUCAAACUCAAGCUGUCGCAAGAGGAAAGCUUAGUUUUGUAGAUCUUGCUGGUUCGGAAAGGAUAAAGAAAUCUGGUUCUUCGGGAAAUCAAUUGAAAGAAGCUCAAAGCAUUAAUAAAUCACUUUCAGCCCUUGGGGACGUGAUAAGUGCUUUGUGUUCCGAGGAUCAACACAUACCUUAUAGGAACCACAAAUUGACAAUGCUCAUGAGUGAUUCGCUUGGUGGCAAUGCAAAGACACUUAUGUUUGUCAAUGCGUCUCCAGCUGAGACAAAUUUGGAUGAAACUUACAACUCUCUUGUAUAUGCAUCCAGAGUAAGAUGUAUUAUAAAUGAUCCAAGUAAAAAUGUAACCUCAAAAGAGAUUGCUCGUUUGAAGAAAAUGAUUGCCUACUGGAAGGAGCAAGCCGGUAAACGCGGCGAGGAUGAAGAAAUGGAAGAAAUUCAGGAGGAAAGACCGAAAGAGAGAAAAGACACGCCAGUAGAGAAAUCUGUAACAGAGAGAAGAGAGACACAUUCACAAGAGAAAAAAGAGUUACAGGAAGACAGGCAUCCUAGGAACAGAAGGGAGUUGCAAGAAGAAAGACAGCCGAAAGAACGAAAAGAUCGUCGCAGCUCAAAUCAAUCCGUUUGAGCAUCUUAUUUUAUCUGAAAAAGUUGUGACUUUUGUCUCUGGUCCAUUUUUUUAUUUUUGAUGGCUAUAUUCCAAUCAAUAGCCAUUCCAUACUAUCUGUAUAGUUUGGGUUGAUAAUGCUGAUCUACAAUUGCUCUUGUAUACAGAAACACCACAGAAAGCACGGUCUUAUAUAUAGAAAAAAUGCCUGCUUCUAUGAUAC